UUUAGGAACUAGGACAGCCAGUGGUGAGAAAGCAAGGCGAAGAAUUUCUGGGGACUUGAUAUUAAACUUAAACCAUCUGUCCACCAGUGUAUCCUCACAAGGAACCAACAACAUAUCUCUACUUAACCUAUCGAUACAUUCCGAUGAGUAUUUUUGUGAAGCGGAACAAUAAUGGACAAGAUAUACUGUGCAAAAAUCAGUGAAUGCAAUUCACAUGUGUUUUGCACCACAGUUCGUGGAGGACUUAAGUCUUAAACGGAUAAUGUGUGACUGUGUACAUAUUACCAUGGAAACGCAUUGUUGACUGCAGCAGGUAAAGAUCGCACUAAUUUGACAUUUCUGUAUUGUCACGAUAAUAAGCGAACAAAUCGCGUUGGUUAAUUGAUUUAUUUUUUUACAUAUACGACACAUUGUGUGUAAAAGCGUGUGUAAAACAACUGCAUUCCUCGUAAAUAGCAGUUGAGCAUCGCUUUCCUCAGGGUAAAAUGGUACGACUGGUACGUGCCUUCAUCAUCUUGUGGCUCUUUUAUCACAGAUGUUAGAAGAUGAUGUAUGGAGCUCCAGUGGAUUUAUCUUUUAAAGCCAUCAGCAACUUGGCAGAUACGGGGUCAGAAGAACCAAGCAGAGGUCUGCGACCUUUAAAGAGAAACUCAGUAGGAAAGUUCCAAAGUGGCUCUCUCCGUCUGAAUAACAAUCAUAUUAGAAACCUCUAUGACCUUAACAAGACAAUCAGCCACUUCAUGGCUGAACCGUCACUGCUCGCCUGGCUGGACCUUUCGUUCAACCGCAUCACAAAUAUAGACAAAGUUUUGUGUGAACUACCCCAACUGCGGGUUUUGUAUCUUCAUGGCAACCGUAUUUUUUCUCUAUCAGAGGUAGACAAGCUACGGAGUCUCUCUCAUCUACACACCAUCACCUUACAUGGAAACGUCAUUGAAACAAACAAGGCCUACAGGAGUCAUGUGAUAUCUACUCUGCGUGGAUUAAAGACGAUGGAUUUCAGUGUUGUGACCCCUCAGGAGCGAGCCUUGGCACAGAUAUGGCACCACAGGACCAGCCCUGGCAAACGAAAUAAGGAAACUCUUAAGUGACUGUGUUUGAAGCCGCAGCUAUUUAACUGUUUCACAAGAUCUUUAUUGAAAGGCAUACAAUAUAAGGAAAGAUUUGUCUAAAAAUUAUUCUCAUAAAUACA